UGAAAUUCCAGUCCAGUUUCGAAGAACGAGGAUUGGAAUUGCUGUAGAGAAGGUCGAAAGUUCGCUCCUGGUGGGAGGAUCAAUGGAAACUACUUGUGUUAUCACAACCUGCUCCUGAACACAACACGGCCCAUCACACCAGCUACUCGUACUCCGGCACUCAACCAGAAAGCACCUCGCAAGCGAACAUUGCUCCUCCAGCAGCUGCCAAGCUCAAAGUACCAGUGCGGGAACCCCGGGACAGCGCCCACCUCUCCCAGCUUCCGCUUCCGGUCCUUCAGGCUCCGCCUCAGCGGAAAAGGCUUUGUGAGAAGGAGGAGGAGUAAAGGUGGGAAACUGCGCGAGCAGCGCAGGCGCACCUUGGACGGCUGCAAUGGCGCUGUCGUGCUCCCUGAAUAGAUAUCUGCUGCUCAUGGCUCAAGAGCACCUGGAGUUCCGCCUGCCGGAAAUAAAGUCUUUGCUUUCACUUUUUGGAGGUCAGUUCACCAGUAAUCAGGAAACUUAUGGAAAGUCUCCUUUUUGGAUUCUUAGCAUUCCCUCUGAAGAUAUUGCCAGAAACUUAAUGAAACGGACAGUGUGUGCCAAGUCCAUAUUUGAACUAUGGGGUCAUGGAAAAUCUCCGGAGGAGCUGUAUAGUUCUCUUAAAAACUACCCUGCGGAGAAGAUGGUUCCAUUCCUACAUUCAGAUUCUACAUAUAAAAUAAAGAUUCACACAUUUAAUAAAACAUUGUCACAAGAAGAAAAAGUCAAACGAAUAGAUGCACUUGAAUUUCUGCCAUUUGAAGGAAAAGUGAAUUUAAAGAAGCCACAGCAUAUAUUCUCUAUAUUGGAGGAUUAUGGCUUGGACCCAAACUGCAUCCCUGAGAAUCCACAUAAUAUUUAUUUUGGUAGAUGGAUUGCAGAUGGACAGAGAGAACUUAUUGAGUCAUACAGUGUUAAAAAGAGACACUUUAUUGGAAAUACAAGCAUGGAUGCUGGUUUAUCAUUUAUCAUGGCCAACCAUGGAAAAGUGAAAGAAAAUGAUAUUGUCUUUGAUCCGUUUGUUGGAACAGGUGGCCUUCUGAUAGCAUCUGCUCAUUUUGGUGCAUAUGUAUGUGGGACAGACAUAGACUACAAUACAGUUCAUGGCCUAGGAAAGGCUAGUAGGAAAAACCAGAAAUGGAGAGGACCAGAUGAAAACAUUAGGGCAAAUCUUCGGCAGUAUGGUUUGGAGAAGUAUUACCUUGAUGUCCUGGUUUCAGAUGCAUCUAAACCUUCCUGGAGGAAGGGCACAUAUUUUGAUGCAAUCAUCACUGAUCCCCCAUAUGGUAUCAGAGAAUCUACAAGAAGAACAGGUUCUCAGAAGGAAAUACCAAAGGGGAUCGAAAAAUGUCCAGAAAGCCAUGUUCCUGUUUCCCUGAGUUAUCAUCUGAGUGACAUGUUUUUUGACCUGUUAAACUUUGCAGCGGAGACCCUUGUAUUAGGUGGAAGACUAGUCUAUUGGUUACCAGUAUACACACCAGAAUACACCGAGGAGAUGGUACCCUGGCACCCUUGCCUGCAACUCAUUAGCAACUGUGAGCAGAAGCUUUCCAGUCACACAUCAAGGCGCUUGAUAACCAUGGAAAAGGUGAAGACAUUUGAGAACCGGGACCAGUAUUCACAUCUGUUAAGUGAUCACUUUCUCCCAUACCAAGGUCAUAAUUCCUUCCGUGAGAAAUAUUUCAGUGGCGUAACAAAAAGAAUUGCCAAGGAAGAGAAAUGUAGCCAAGAGUGAAAAUGAAGAUUCUGACAAUGGAAAAAGAGUAAGGAUUUAACAGAAAAGACAUCUGGAUGUGAACUUCUAUGUAUGAUAUAGAAAACAUAUACUGUUUUAAAUACUUUUAUAUAACGAAAUAAAUGGUACAAAGUAAAUUGAACAAUUCUUUUACAAUUAGCUUUGUUUUAUAGACUGUUUUGUUGUAUGUAGUCUUUGGAACCAUAUUUAAUUUAUAUUUGUACUUUCAAGUAUUAUGGAAAUUGAAAACAGUUAUAUUUUUGGUAAUUAAUUUGCAAGGGGAACUGAUACUGUUGACUUUUUAAACAGAUACUUGCCAGAUAUGUUACAAGCAGUUAACCAUGGUUGAGAGUUUAUUCGUUUAGUAGGUUUGUUUAAUUUGGUUUCUGAUUGUAAUUGAUUUACAGUGCCACUAAUAAAGUUUACUGAGGAUCCCUAAAAUGGUGGUGUAUUUGGUGCUUUUGGGGAAGGGGGAUGUGAUGAAGGAAAUGAAUUUUUAUUUAUAAGUUCCAGACUAGUAUGUAAUGAUAGCAUAAUGGUGAUGAGAGGAAAGGCUAAGACCUGGCAACCUGAAAAGCUCCCCAACUCCUUGAGGCCUGUCCACAUCUGAAGCUCGUCUGUACCUUGGACUUGCUCCUGCAUUCCUAGAACUUGACUGUUGGUCAAGUUAACUACCCACAAUUUUUGGUUUAGAAAGUAACCAAUAGUUAAAAGCAGUAACAACAACACAAAUCCUUGAUGGUUCCCUAAUGGUAUUAGGCCUAAUCAGAGCUCUUUGAAAUAGAAGCUAUAUUUUUCUUGAAGGAGAAACUUUGCUGAGUCUACAGUGUGUCCAUCAUGAAAAUAUCUUGUUUGAAAACCACUCUACCCAUUAAUUCAGGAUGCUAAUAGCUUUCCUGCUUUUGGUGGUCAAAUGUACCUCAGCAGGGUGGCAGUAAACUGAUCCUCUCCUCUAACCAUAGCCUAUUUUUAUUUAUGCUGUUAUUGUUAUUAUUAUUAUUAUUAUUAUUAUUAUUACUUUAGUAUUACUGCAGGCUUUUAUGGACUCCCCAUUUGAAUUUGCAUGGCUUAGGACCUCCAAAAGACCAGUGCUGCCCAAGCAGAGGGGUGGGGGGUGGUGGGGGGCAUCCACUUAGUUCUCUCUCCUUUUCUUAUAGUUCUCUCUCCUUUUCUUGUCCCGCUACCCUGAAUCUCAGCAGCAGAUCUCAAACAUUUCAGCGAUUGUUUUGUUUGGGUUUCUGGAUGUGAUUUGUGGUACACUGGGGAAAAUCUAAAAGUAUUCAAGGAUAAUUUAUUUUCAGUAUUUCUGUUAUAAACCAUCUUAUUUAAAAUUUUUUGAGGUUAAUAUGGAGGGUGAGUUUGCAACUUGGUAGCUGACUAAAUUUGGAACAUGAGAUUGUAGCCUUGCCCCGUUUUUUUGCUUAUCACAAAAAUUAGCCCAAAUAGUUCUGGCAAAUUACAACAUGAAUUUUAGUCACUUUGUCCUUAAAAAUUAUCCAACAUUAAAAAA